CCGGCGCAUCCGUAAUGAGGUCGGCGUGCGCGGCGAGAUGAUGGCGAGGAAGGAGAGGCUAUUACUCGCCGAGGCCCGGCCUGCUCGGGUUCGCUGCAACCUCGUUACACAAAUUACCGGCGGAGCGGCGCGGCAGUGGGUCCGCUAAUGGAGCCUCGUUGUCACUUGGGAGCCCCUCCCCGCCCGGUGCUAUUCGCGGUCAACCCGGCUCCUGUUCCGCUCGAAGCCGAAGUACCGGACGAACAGGUCGAGCCGCUAAGCACCUCUCGUAUCUAUUUAAAGCGGUCGAGCGCCUCUUUAUAUAAAGCGAGGGACAGAAAAGCGAGCGGCAAAAGAAUUCCCAACCCCACCCCCGAGAGACCGCGGCCGCUCGCAAACAGCGCUCCUCCGUCGGAUUCGCGACCCGGAAAUUACCCGCUGCUCGAACCCCGGUGGGAAGCGGCAGCGAAAAUGAUGCGACAGCUCGCCGAGACCCCCGCCCAGAAGAACUCCCUGUUCAACGCCAUGAACAGCUUCCUCGGGGCGGUGAACAACAUGGACCAGACGGUGAUGGUGCCCAUCCUGCUUCGGGACGUGCCGCUGGGGGAAGACGCCGACAUGUGCGGCCCCAAGUCCGAGGCGGACGACGGCGACGGCGACGGGGACAUGUACAGCUACUACCAGCUGCUCAAGUCCAUCCGGCAGGACAUCGAGUGGGGCUUGAGGGCCUCCCCGGUGGUCAAGGAGACGCCGUGCCGACUCCGCCGUGCCGACUCCUUGGCCUCCAUGGCCUCGUCUUCCUCCUUCGCCUCCUCGCUGUCAGCACCUUCGUCAGAGGACGAAGAGGAGGAGGAAGAAGAGGAGGAGGACCUGCAGAAGCAGUUCCAGUACCACCUGGCCGGCCUCCAAGAGGUCCUGAGCAAGCUCACCACUCAGGCCAACUCCCUGACCAAGCGCUACAAGCAGUCCAUCGGACUCUAAAAGCUAAAAGACUCUUCCGACUUGCAGGGGACAUUUCAAGUCCUUUGAGGGCCGCUCAACCGAUUCGAAAUCAAGUGUUUGUUCUUGCAUAAUUGGGUACAUUUGUGGGUUUAAAGUGUUUGGUUUUUUUUUAUGGGGUUUUGACACUUGCAGCACCCAAUCUGUAUUUGUUACAUUUUCACUUUCAACCGGCCAAAGCCAAACUGAAAACGAAUCACCCAGGAAUAGAAGACGGUGGCCGUCGGGUGUCGGAUCUGUCGGAUGUGCGUAAAGUCACGACUCGACGCUUUCACAAUUCUUCUUGCACUCAAUGCGUUGAGGUUUUUUUUUUUUUUUUUUUUUUAAUUUUGUUCGGCAGGGGAAACUUAUUUAAACUUUUGUAUUUAAUGUAAUUUAUUACCUCAGGGCGUGUGAAUGUUUUCAAACAACCAGAGCGGAUGCGUGGGGUGAAUCGCCCCUUUUGAAAAAUUGUCAAUAUGUGCGCGUAUGACCAUGCAAUUGCCACUCUGAUGUCUUAUAACUUAAAAAAACAAAAUGGAAGGAGGCAGAUGCUUCGAAAGAGCCAAUGACUUCCUCGUGCCUCACUUCGGUCAAUGAAUGGAAUCAGCUGACGGUUCUGCUUUGAGGACAAUGACGAGUUCCACGAGGUCACUUUUUGUAUGUCAACAGUCUGACUGGAUAUGUGCCUAAAAAGAUGCUUUUGUUUGCACCAUCUUUCUACUGAUAUUAAAUGCGUAAAAAUAAACUUUUUUUUUUUUUUCUG